AGAUGGCCAAAAGAUAAAGAACUGGAUCCGAUUUAAGCGACCUAUUGCCAUCUCAGUUCGUGGUGUCGGGGUGCUGUUUUCGGCCGUCGCUGUCGCCGUCCGCGACGGAUCAAGCUCCAUGGGUACUUGAUCCUUUUCUUCCAUUCUCUGAGACCAUGGUCCCCUUUUCUGGGUUUCCGUCGUGUUUCUCCCUUUUCUUUUGUGGAUCCGGACUCUACCGCCUUCCAUUUUGAUCUCCCACGCGCCCGCUUGAACAUUCUCUUCGAUUUGCCUCUUUCUUGCCCUUCCCUUCAAUUCUUUCGGAGUUAGUGCAGGCAAUUGGCUAACCAGCUAAAGAUAUGGUUUCAGUGCAUUGAACCUACAGCUGAGUCUGCGUGCAGUGCAUCUCUGUUAUGUUUAGCAUUUCUAUUUCUUAUAGUAACUGAGGAAGAGCUGUGUCCUCAAUCCCAGAAUAGAGAAGCAUUCCAAUUCUGUUUCUGUUGGUGCAGUUUUGUGUUGAAAGGGAAAUUGAUAUGCUGUGAAAACAUGUCAUUGAAAUGCUUAGUUCGUGAACUUAAGGAAAUGAGAGAUGGAAUGAGCAACAUGCCAAGGCGAGGUGCAGAAUGUGCGCAAUGGCAUAGUCGAAAAGCAAAGUCACACAUUGUUCCAGAUGUCACCCUACCUCCAGUUGAUCCUAUUCAACAAGGGCAGUGGGCGAAUCUACCUCCAGAACUGCUUUUGGACAUUAUUCGGAGGGUCGAAGGGAGUGAGACAACAUGGCCUGCACGGGCUGUCGUCGUUUCCUGUUCUUCAGUAUGUAAAUCAUGGAGAGCCAUUACAAAGGAAAUUGUCAAGACUCCUGAGCAAUGUGGAAGGCUCACAUUUCCUGUCUCAGUGAAACAGCCGGGUCCUCGUGAUGCACCAAUUCAGUGCUUUAUCAGGAGGAACAGAGAAACUUCUACAUUCUUCUUGUAUUUUGGUCUAGUGCCAUCGGAAAAUGAGAGAGCCAAGUUGUUAUUAGCUGCAAAAAAGAUAAGAAAACCAACAGCCACAGAGUUUGUUAUAUCCUUUGUUGCAGAUGAUUUUUCUCGGGCCAGCAGCACAUACCUUGGUAAACUGAGGUCCAAUUUUUUGGGAACCAAGUUUGCCAUAUAUGAUAGCCAACCUCCAUACAAAGCUAGCAUUCAAGCGAAUAAUCAUUCCAGUAGUAAAUUCCACCCAAAGCAGGCAUCUUCCAGAGUACCCACACGUAAAUAUAAUGUUGCCGCCAUUAGUUAUGAACUAAAUGUUCUUCGCACAAGAGGUCCGAGAAGAAUGCACUGCAUUUUGAGCUCCAUACCUAUCUCAGCUAUUCAGGAAGGUGGCAGUGCCCCAACUCCAACAACUCUUACGCAAUUUUCUUCCUCGCCAGCACUGAAAGGAAAAGAUUCAACUACAGAUUUAAACUCUGCAAACUUGUUAGAUCCACUGGCAUCAAGUCAGGGCUCGGUCGAGCCUCUCGUUCUUAAAAACAAGGCUCCCAGAUGGCAUGAGCAACUGCAGUGCUGGUGCCUAAAUUUCAAGGGCCGUGUCACGGUGGCUUCUGUGAAGAAUUUCCAGCUUUGUGCUGCUGUUGAUCCCUCUCAUGACGUUCCGGCUGCAGAACAAGAGAAGGUGAUCUUGCAGUUUGGGAAGAUUGGGAAAGACAUUUUCACCAUGGACUACCGAUAUCCUCUCUCAGCUUUUCAAGCCUUUGCCAUAUGCUUGAGCAGCUUCGAUACUAAACCGGCUUGUGAAUGACGUCAAGUUGCUGGAGAUUGUAAUAUUAUGCUUAUCACAGUCACAUUCAUUGCAACAUGCAGCUGACAAUAUGAUCUGUGCAGUCAUUGGCAUUUUUUCCUUUCGUUAGCUGUUGGCUGUGAAUUUAACCUGUAUCAAAUGUCUUAAUAGUUCUACCACUACGAAUAUUAAUAUCAAUGAAUUUUGGUGAAUCUUA